GGUCUCCCGGAAGUGAUUCGCCUGCUGAACAUACGGGGCCUAUCAUUCAUUGUUUUCAAAACGAAUGAUACAUCUUUGAGAUUUAAUUAAACGAAUAGUAUCGUUUUUAUCAAACCGAUGAUUGUCGUAGACUAAAGAUUUACCGGUUAAGACUCGUUAGUUUCGUUGUAGAACAGAAAUACUUUUCUGACCCGUCACCGUUACGUUUAAUACAUUGUAUACUUAAUAUACAACAUUACUGGCAGGCUGCUUGUGUUCGGCCAACAUGCCACUUGGUUUAAAACCAUGUUGUGCUGUGUGCAAGACAAACUCUUCAUCUAUGUGGAAAAAAGGGAACCAAGGGGAAAUUUUGUGUAACAAUUGCACGGGUAAGAGUACAUCCAGCGGAGGAUCAGGAGCGUCGGCUUCAUCAACCAUACAGCAAAAUAAUGGUGGAGGAAAACAGUCCAAACAAGAGAUCCACAGACGCUCCGCUCGGUUACGGAGCACCAAAUAUAAAGCGCCAGCAUCUGAGAAAAAGGUGUCAACUAAAGGAAAGGGUAGACGACACAUUUUUAAACUGAAAAAUCCUAUAAAAGCACCAGAGUCCGUGUCGACUAUCAUCACAUCAGAGUCCAUGUUUUACAAGGGUGUCUAUUAUCAAAUAGGAGAUGUAAUUAAAGUAAUAGACGAGGAUGAUGGUAAACCCUAUUACGCACAGAUUCGUGGUUUCGUCCAGGACCAAUACUGUGAGAAAAGUGCUGCUUUAACUUGGCUCAUCCCAACUCAAGCCAGUCCACGAGAUCGGUUUGAUCCAAGCACUUACAUUGUUGGUCCUGAAGAGGACUUACCAAGGAAAAUGGAAUACCUGGAAUUUGUCUGUCAUGCCCCAUCAGAGUAUUUCAAAUCAAGGAGUUGCCCCUUUCCAACAAUACCUGUUCGUCCAGAAAAAGGCUACAUCUGGACUCAUAUAGGACCAACACCUGCUGUUGCCAUUAAAGAAACUAACUGUCAACUAAAAUGAUCAUGCAACGUACAAGAGGAAUGGCCAGUAACCAUGAGUUCGCAGAUCACCAGAGGGCGAUGUUUUUAUCAUUUUUACAGCUGGUGUGAUCAAUGAAAAUCUUGUGUGUUCAGGUACCUGGCCAUGUUCAAGUGUAGUGAGGCUGCGCCAACACAAUCUCAUUUGGACAUUUUGGACAAUUUGCUAUCGCCCUUUUCUUUAUUUUUUGUAUAAUUCACUUUAUACAAGUUCAAACGAAUUAGCCUAUAUUUUUCCUGAAAUUGGAUGGUGUGGAUGUCUUACUUUAUAUUUUUGGGAAGAAAAAGGACCGAAAAUAAGAAUGAAAUAUAUCUAGAAACACAAAAAUGUCUAGAUAAACCACAUUUUGUUCAGCUUAAGGACAGUAGUAUGGCAAGCUCACUGUCAAUAAAGUUUUUUGGGCUAUUUUUUGUCCCCUGAAGUCCCUGGAUGCUCACAAACCAUGUAAGAUAUUAAAGAAACAGGUUUAAAAUAAAUAUUAAAAUAAACUAUAUUUUUCCUGUUAUGGUUA